CAUAUCGAUAUAUCAUGCUGUGCAUUAAAAAAUUUAAAAGAAAUAUCAUUCACACUUUAGUAUAGAGCAUGAUUACCGAACAUGAUUGCAUUCUAAAUGCGGGUCAACCUUUUUAGCGUUUUCUAUUCGUCUCGAGCGCUCGAUAAACUCCAUUUAGGAGGCAAGCGCAAAGAUGUGCUUUCGUGAAGUAAUGCAAAGCAUCAGACUUGUCGUGUUGGAACGUAAAGUCCUGAUAAUGCAAAGCGGAAUAAGGCAGUCCGUCGGGCUCGCGAGCCGAGAUACCGCAUUGCUAAAAGGGGAUUGGAAACUGGAAUCUACGUGCGAAGUAGCACUUGUCGCUGCGUUCCUUUACCCUACAAUGUUGAAGAACCCUUCCUUUCAGACUUUUUGGAUUUGCUCGCACCUAUGCGGCAGAAUCUUCGCAGCCUGCAACGGCAGAAAACCGCGAAAAAUCGCAGAGUCCGUAUCGAAUUACUUUAAGGAAGUUAUGAAGCUACCAUGUUAUCUUGCCCCUGUCAACUUGCCCGAAACGGCUUAAUGUAAC